AUGCGAUCGAUCACGCCUGAGCCAACAGUACGACCGCGGGAUUUCUAUCUCACAAACCGUGGCAUCCGUCUCAAGCUUGGCCUUGCAUGGGACAACGAUACUGGACUCGCCAUAUUACCAGUGAAACACUCCCUGGGUACGGUUGGUAAGCCUGUUGGUGUAUAUCUCAGGAGAGUCGGGCCGGAUUUAUUUGUUCGCGCACUGCCUCAAGAGUGCCCUACGGUGAAGACAGAAGUGACGUACACCGAGUUCACUGCAGCCAAGUCUUUGACGGCUACCCAAGCCUCAACAAUUAUGGACAAGGUCAUGCGAGUGAUGAAGCCCGCGAGUGUCCGUGUAAGUCGAGUCGAACCCCGUGGACUAUGGGACCCGUCCGCAAAAUGGCUGCACGCAACACACACCGGCGCUCUCAUCGGCUACAUGGAGUUCCAAGCGGACUCAUAUCCUGUUUUCGCAUUCGUGUUCUUCUUUAGAAACGGCCAUUGGUCAGCCACAGUGGUUGUUGGUGAUCGGUGGACCGCUAGACGCAAGGAGUUUCACAAGUAUUACCGCGACAACCUCCACGAGCUCCGAUAUUUCGACACAAUGGGUGAUGCGAGGAUGGAGAAGGUCGACAAGAUCAAACCUGAUUCCCAUGUCUUGACACUGCAUAUGCGAGUUGCAAGGGGUACUGGGCGACCCCAUCUGGAAAUAAAGGAAGUACAUAGGAAGUAG